UUCUAACCCACCUAUCUCCUUCACGACGGAACAUUCAGCACUAAAAGGCUCACGAUCCGUUGAUGGAAAAUAUAAUUCGCCUAUUUACUGUAGCGCCCGCAUCUCAAGGCAGACAGCCAUUUCACCGUUCAAAGCACCCUGCUGAGUAAGGAAGUAGCAGCAAAUAAUAUUAAACAGGAGUAAAUGAAUGUUCCGAUAGAGCUGGCUGAGCGAGGUUUUCUUCUUGAAGAUUCUACUUUUAAGCAUGACACAUCUUCUCGUGUUUGCCAGCUUUGUUGUAUCUCUUCCUGUUGCAAUCAGGUGACUGCCUUCCUGCGUGCGAUUGGUAUUUGCGAGCGAGGUUGAAACGCGUGAGAGGGUCCGAUAAAUUGCGGGACAAGGUGGGGCGUUCGCUAGUCACCGGGCAGAGGGUCGGCGGGCAACGAUGAGCGCCAAGGGCAUUUGUUGUGGCGGCAUCAGCCAGGCGAAGGAUGUCACCCCGGAGGUUCAGCAGAUCGUCGAUUCAGUGAAGUCUGAGAUUGAAGAAAAAGCUGAAAAAACAUUUGAUGUAUUUGUUGUCAAAGUCUACAAAUCACAAGUUGUAGCUGGUACCAACCAUUACUUUAAAAUCCAUGUUGGCGGCAAUGACUACUUGCAUGCAAAAGUAUUUGAACAGCUUCCUUGUCAUGGAGGUAAAAAGAUGCUGUCAGGCAUACAGUCCAACAAAUCAGAAGAUGAAGAACUAAUCUAUUUUUAGUAAGAGCCUUGCUAUCAGUGAGCUAGGCUUGUGCAAAAGCAGUUUGUUUUAAAUCUUUAGACUUCUUUCUUGUAGCUUUACCUAAACUGUGGACGUACCUGUUGUUCUGCAUUGUCAGUUUCUGGCCAUAUUAACUAUAUAAUUUUUCAUUAUAAGUAUGUUUGGGAGACCAAAUGAAGGAUUCAGGAGAAUGCAGGGGUUCAAAAGAAUUGUUAUUUGUACCAUCCUGCACCCAACAAGAGAGAUCUUUAUAAUCAAAGGAUACUGUAAAAUUUGUCUUAUGGCUGUGUAAUUGAUGCAUAUAAUGAAAGAACAGGCAUGAUUUUUGAAGCAAAUUGUUUUGCUGAGAUUACACAUGCUUUCAUUGUUGUACUCUGCAUUUUAGAGAAUUAAACACUGCUCGAGAAAGUAUUUUGAUUUAAAAUUAAAUACACUUGCUACUGCUUGACAAA